GUGAGCCGGCGUGUCGCUGGUUGCGAAUCCAUGUGGCGGGGGCUGUGGACCCUGGUAGCCCGGGCGGCACGUGGGCCUCGCAGACCGUGCACGCGCCAGGGCAGUGGCGCCCCGGCCCCCGCUUCCGGAGCCACUGUCUUCGCGCUGAGCUCCGGCCAAGGCCGCUGCGGCAUCGCGGUGAUCCGAACCAGCGGCCCCGCCAGCGGCCAGGCCCUCCGGAGCCUCACGGCCCCCCGGGACUUACCCCCGGCCCGCAAAGCCUGCCUGCGCCUGCUCAGCGACCCCCGCUCUGGGGAACCUUUGGACCGCGCGCUGGUGCUUUGGUUCCCGGGUCCCCAGAGUUUCACGGGUGAGGACUGCGCGGAGUUCCACGUGCAUGGAGGCCCGGCUGUGGUGAGUGGUGUCCUGCAGGCCCUGGGCAGUGUGCCAGGGCUGCGGCCUGCGGAGGCAGGUGAGUUCACCAGGAGGGCGUUCGCCCAUGGGAAGCUGAGCCUGACCGAGGUGGAGGGGCUGGCGGAUCUGAUCCAUGCAGAAACAGAGGCACAGCGGCGACAGGCCCUGAGGCAGCUAGAUGGGGAGCUGAGCCAUCUCUGCCGCGGCUGGGCCGAGACCCUCACUAAGGCUCUGGCCCACGUGGAGGCCUAUAUCGAUUUUGGUGAGGAUGACAACCUGGAAGAGGGCGUCCUGGAUCGAGCUGACAGUGAAGUGCGGGAGCUGGAGGUGGCACUGGGCGCACAUCUUCGAGAUGCCAGGCGCGGACAGAGGCUCCGCUCAGGGGCUCAUGUAGUGGUUGCGGGACCUCCCAACGCCGGCAAGAGCAGCCUAGUGAACCUGCUCAGCCGGAAGCCUGUGUCCAUCGUAUCCCCGGAGCCCGGGACCACCCGAGAUGUGCUGGAGACCCCCGUGGACCUGGGCGGGUUCCCGGCGCUGCUGAGCGACACGGCGGGGUUGCGGGAGGGCGUGGGGCCUGUGGAGCAGGAGGGCGUGCGGCGCGCCCAAAAAAGGCUGGAGCACGCUGACCUCAUCCUGGCCGUGCUGGAUGCUUCUGACCUGGCCUCUCCGUCCAGCUGCAACUUCCUGGACACCGUUGUCAUCCCUGCCGGAGCCGGAAGCCCAAAUGGGCGCAGCCAGCGCCUCCUGCUGGUGCUGAAUAAGUCGGACCUGCUGCCAGCUGGGGGCCCAGAUCCCAGUGCUGACCUGCCCCCUCACCUGUUGCUGUCCUGCCUGACUGGCGAGGGGCUGGAUGGCCUCCUGGAAGCGCUGAGGAAGGAGCUGGCUGCAUUGUGUGGGGACCCAUCCACAGGCCCACCACUUCUGACACGGGCGAGGCACCAGCAUCACCUCCAGGGCUGCUUGGAUGCCCUUGGCCACUACAAGCAGGCGAAAGACUUAGCCCUGGCGACCGAAGCACUUCGGGUCGCCCGAGGGCACCUGACCCGCAUCACCGGUGGAGGGGGCACCGAGGAGAUCCUGGAUAUCAUCUUCCAAGACUUCUGCGUGGGCAAGUGAGGGGGCGGCCAAAGCUCAGACCCAGGCUGGGUGGACACCCAGAAGCCUUGAGGCAUCUGGGAACAGCUUAGGCCAAGUGUGAGUCUCAGCCCCUAGGGGAAGAACUUGA